AUGCAUGUGAAUCAGUCUAUCAGAAAAUUCUUUCUCAUUUGCAUGAUCAAUGCUCUAAUGAAAGCAGACUUAUGGACUGAAACAGAGCGAAUGAGUGACUUACAACAGUGGCGCACUUUAUGUGCUCGAUAUACAGUUGCGCUAGCUUACAUGAAAGAUUCAAAUGCACGCAUUACAGUUUUUGCACCAGUUAAUGAUGUGUUUAAUUAUAAUCCAGAUAUCCGUGCUUUAAGUCAAAAGGAAGUUUUGAGUCAUAUUGUUGAUACACAAAUUUAUGAGCUUGGUGAAAAUCAAAAAUGGGAUAAACAAACACUUAUUCGAAGUACAGUCAGUAGCGGAUAUAUGUACAUAACACAGUUUGUAAAUAAUCCUGGAAAUUAUUCUUACUUUGCAAAUAAUGGAAUGCUUUGCAAUCAUGCUACCAAUGAAUGGGCUAUUAUUAAUGGUCAACAAUAUCUGUUCAAAAUUUGUACACCAAUUGGACAUCGACCAUAUCCGGGAACCACACUUUCGUUUACAAGAGAUGCAGACAAAAUGUCUUUCUUUGAUCGACCUUAUAAUAACCGUGACCUCACUGAAUUGAGGGAUGUGCUCGAUCGUGUACCAGAUGUUGCAUUAGCAAUCUUUGGCAGUUCAGCAUGGAAUGGCUUCCAUACUUUCUUUUUACCUACAAAUGAAGCAUUUUUAAAAGUAAUAGAUCGCAAUCGCAUAGAUCGUGAAGUAUUAUUGGCUCAUAUAACGGGUAUAAACAGGGUACUUUUCACUUAUCCAUGGCUUUAUGAUCAAGGUAUACACUAUUAUCCGUCGAUCCGUUUCUCUGGUAAUGUUAUUGAGGAUAAUUAUGAUCUAAGAUUAUGCAUGCGAAACAUCACCGAUCAUCGAACUGGACGAUGGGACCUUUAUGCGGUUUCCGAAGUGCAUGAACGUUACGGACAAUUUCGUCGUGGUGCAGUUUGGGCCAAAAUUGUUGUGCCAAAUAUUCCGGUUCAAAAUGGUGUAGUUCAUAUUAUUGAUAAUGUUCUUGGCAUUGUUACCAAUACCAUUGAUCAGCUUAUUAUGGAUAAUAAUCAUUGUACAACUUUAAUCCGUUAUAUAAGUAUGAUUGGACAAAUAGUCCGAAAUUAUUUCUCAGCAACUGGUGGUAUGGUGACAUUUUUUGCGCCGUAUAAUGAAGCAUUCGAACGAAUUCCCGAAUAUAUCGAAAGAAGACUUUUGAGAGAUCGAAUUUGGCUUGAAAAAGUUCUUAAACUUCAUAUUGUACCUAAUAAAGAGCUGACCAGUAAUGAAAUCACUAAUGAGACGGUUGUAAAUACAGUGGACAACAUUCAUCAAUUAUAUUUCAUUCGAGGCGAAUGGCCCAGGAAUAAUAUCACUUAUUAUGUUAUUGGUGGUGGUGUACGAGCAGCAAUUAUGAUGGAUAAUGUCGCAGCUGUGAAUGGUAUUGUACAUUAUAUCGACCGUGUACUUGGAGUACCGUAUCAGACGUUGUAUGAAAUUAUGCAAAAUGACUCCAAACUUCAGAUAUCUUAUUCAAUGCUUGAAAAUCUGCAACUACGAUAUUCCUUAGAUCCAUGGCAAGUUCUAACACCACAACAAAAUUUCACAUUUUUUGUACCAACUAAUGAGGCUUGGGAUAAGAUAUCAGCUUCGCAAAAGUACAAAAUGACUGAUGGCAAACAUUGGUUAGCACUUCAGUAUGUCUUUAAACGACACAUUAUUCAAGGUCUUGCACUUAUGUAUACCGAUCUACGAGAGCGAACUUAUGUAAUGAUGAACGAUGAAAAAGUGGUGAUACGUCGAAGAGGACGUUUUUUCGAGCUUUAUUGGCCUCGUGGUAAUCGUGUUGCACAUAUAAUCCCGGGCGGUGAAAAAGCUGGUAUCAAUGGUUUUAUGCAUAUGAUUGAUAACGUACUGAUCUAUGAGCGUGAUCUAGAAGCUUUGGCUUGCUCAACGCUAAAUUUAGCGCAUUUUUUGCUAACAUCAUUUUUCAUAUACAUCAUAUUAUAUUAUUAA